GUGGGGGAAUUGGGUUUUGAUGGCGGUGAAAGACCAAAACCCCCACUGAUCCACCAAGGGUAUUGCAAACGCGCUCAAUCGCCCUCUGUAGACGACGCGAGCAGCUCCUACGCAGCCAUUAUCGUUCAUCGACAUGCAAUUCUGUCCCACGUGCGGUAAUCAUCUCAUAGUGUCUGUGGACGAGAACGGCACAAACACGUUUGACUGUCGAACGUGUCCGUAUCGUUUUCCGAUUUCCAUUUUGAUGUACCACCGCCAUGAAUUUGCUCAAAAACAAGUUGACGAUGUUCUCGGUGGCAAAGAAGCUUGGGAAUCUAACCAACAAACCGACAUUCCUUGUGAGAAUAAGAAUUGCGACAACAGACGGGCUUACUUCUUCCAAUUACAAAUUCGCAGUGCUGAUGAACCUAUGAGUACCUUCUAUCGUUGUACAGAGUGCGGUUAUCAAUGGAGAGAAAAUUGA